AUGCGCCGAGCGCAGCCCCGCCGGGUCUCCUACACUGCACUGGGAACCGCAAUAGCCACGCGCAGCCGGGAGGUGUUCGCGCUGCCGCGGCGGUGUCUCCUCCCUGCGCCUCGCUGGCCGCGGCGGGCUCAGGUGCGCCUUGCCCCGCUCAGUGCCAUGAUCCGGCAGGAACGUUCCACAUCCUACCAGGAGCUGAGUGAGGAGUUGGACCAGGUGGUUGAGAACCCCCAUCAGGCAGACGAGCUGGACAAGGAGUCCAUCGAGGUCCAGGGUCUGGGUGCCGGACCAGGCCUGGACAGCGAGUCAGCAUCCAACAGCCUGCGCUUCAGCAAGGCUUGCCUGAAGAACGUCUUUUCGGUCCUGCUCAUCUUCAUCUACCUGCUGCUCAUGGCCGUGGCCGUCUUUCUGGUCUACCAGACCAUCACGGACUUCCGUGAGAAGCUCAAGCACCCCGUCAUGUCCGUGUCGUAUAAGGAGGUGGACCGCUAUGAUGCGCCAGGUAUUGCCCUGUACCCUGGGCAGGCCCAGCUGCUCAGCUGUAAGCAUUACUACGAGGUCAUCCCGCCUCUGACAAGCCCUGGCCAGCCUGGUGACAUGGACUGCACCACCCAGAGGAUCAACUACACGCACCCCUUCUCCAAUCAGACCAUGAAAUCGGCCCUGGUGGUUCAGGGGCCCCGGGAAGUGAAGAAGCGCGAGCUGGUCUUCCUCCAGUUCCGCCUGAACGGGAGCAGCGAGGACUUCAGCGCCAUCGACUACCUCCUCUUCUCCUCCUUCCAGGAGUUCCUGCAAAGCCCGGACAAGCCGGGCUUCAUGCAGGCCUGCGAGAGCGCCUACUCCAGCUGGAAGUUCUCGGGGGGCUUCCGCACCUGGGUCAAGAUGUCGCUGGUGAAGACCAAGGAGGAGGAUGGGCGGGAGGCAGUGGAGUUCAGGCAAGAGACCAGCGUGGUUAACUACAACGACCGGAGGCCGGCCACCGAGAGGAGCGCCCAGCUGUUCUUCGUGGUCUUCGAAUGGAAAGACCCUUUCAUCCAGAAAGUGCAAGAUUCAUGGCUUCAGGACCAGCCCAGAGCCUAGACAGGUAAGCUUCAGACCCACCGCGGGCUCCUUUGAGGUGAGCACGUCGCAUCGCCGCCCCUUAGCACUGUGAAGGUACAGCCAGCCGAGGGGAACGGGUGGAAGGAUGCUGGUCUUCAGCCUCACCUGCGGAAUGUGUGCUCCAGGGUUUUAACGCACAGCCGUUAGCGUGAGGGGGCUGCAGCGGGCCAGUAGCCCCGCACCGAAGGCUGCCGCUUGGCCACCGCGUAUGCCAGCACUGCACUCCUGCUGUCUCGGGUCCUUCUGCCCAACUGGACUUACAAGUGGUGGAGUCACAAACGCAACACAAUCCCUCUGCCUUCAGGAGUACAUCUGAGGCAGAAGUCUUGCUUAAGGUUACUAAUGCCAGACAGUACCUCGCUGGAAGGAGUGCGCGGGGUAAAGAGCCCUGCUGCCCCCAGGCAGGGUCUCGGCCUGGCGCUUGGAGCGAGCGCGGAGCUUGCGAGUGAAGCGUGCAUCAGUCUGGGCAGGAGCAAAGGGAGGAGGGAGGCGCCGUGGGCAGGGGAAGGAGGCGGCGGGAAAUGGAGGCAGUGCUGAGAUGGGAGGGAAAUGAGGAACUCACCUCACGGGCUCGGUACAGUUUCGGGGAAGUUUCCCUCAAAGCAGAGUUGCUUAUAUUUGGGUCAGGCAAAAACAAAAAACAGCUCAGUAAUGAAUGUAUUUUUGCAGAGAUUUAAAAAAAAUUUUUUUCUCUUUCAGAAUCACUUUUAUAGGGAAGGGUUUGUAUCUCUGUCCUCGGUCUAGGUGUGGACAUGCAAGGCGUAGACUGAAUAGUUACGAGGUUCGAAGCCCCGGUGUUUUUCUUGCAGUCACGUGUGUGACUUAGGACUGAAGCAAGCCAGUCACCUAGUCUUUCUCUU